AUGUCCUCGGCCAAGGUCCACCCGGCAGCUCUGCCAGACUGGAACAAUCUCGAUGUUCUUCACAAGAAUACACUAGCCCCGCGUGCCAAUUUCUAUAUGUACAGCUCGGCUGACGAUGCCUUGAGUUAUGACAUCACAAAGUCCAAGACAUACAAACUGUCUGGAGACAACUGGAAAUUCAAGCACUCGAAAAACCCAUUCGAGGGCCCAGAGGGGUUUGAGAGCCCUGCCUUUGAUACGACGAAAUGGGACGAUCUCGCGGUCCCCAGCAUGUGGCAGCUCAACGGCUACGGCAAGGGUCCUCACUACACCAAUGUCAACUUCCCCAUCCCAGUCGACCCGCCAAACGUGCCCUUUGAUGACAACGAGACUGGAUCAUAUGUCAAGAAAUUUACCGUGCCCGAGUCUCUCCGGGGUUCACAGCUCAGACUGAGGUUUGAGGGUGUCGAUUCUGCCUUUCACGUCUGGGUCAAUGGAAAGGAGAUUGGAUAUCACCAGGGCUCUAGAAACCCGUCAGAGUUCGAUAUCACGAGCGUUGUGGACGAGAACGGCGAGAACACCCUUGCAGUAAAGGUCUAUCAGUGGAGCGAUGCCACUUACAUCGAAGACCAGGACCAAUGGAGAAUGAGCGGUAUCUACCGCGAUGUAUACCUAUUGGGCUUUCCGGCAACGACAAGAGUCGAAGACCUGUUCGUCCAGACCAAGCUUGACAAGGACUACGUCAACGCAGAUCUCAAAGUCCGUGUCGAUCUCACAGGCUCCGGGCAGCUCAAGGUUGAGCUAUUCGACACAUCAAAGAGCAAGGUCAUUGCACAAGCCACCAGGUCGGCUUUCGGAGGCUCUGUCGAUUUCUCAUUCCCAGUUGAAAACCCAUCCAAGUGGACAGCCGAGACGCCAACAUUAUACCACCUUCUUGUAUCCCUGAACGGCAGCAGCUAUGUUGCCCACCGCAUCGGAUUCAAGCAAGUGGAAAUGAAGGACGGGCUCAUCAAAGUAAAUGGAAAGCACAUCGUCCUAAAGGGUGCCAACCGUCACGAACACCAUCCUCAGUUCGGGCGAGCUGUCCCGUAUGAGUUCAUGAAAAAUGACUUGCUACUGAUGAAGACCCACAACAUCAACGCAAUCCGGACCUCUCACCAGCCUAGCGAUGUCCGCCUCUAUGAUCUUGCCGAUGAACUUGGUUUCUGGGUGAUGGACGAAGCCGACCUGGAGUGUCACGGAUUCGAGUCCAUUGCUGAUGCCGCACUAAGUCCUGAAGACAGAAAUCUUCCUUUCCGCCAGCGCCAGCUCCUAACACGAGCGAAUGCUGCCAAAUGGACAACCGAUAAUCCCGCCUGGGAAACGGCCUACGUCGACCGUGCUCAACAACUUGUCCGACGUGACCAACUCCAUGCCUGUGUGACUUUCUGGUCACUGGGCAACGAAGCGUUCUUUGGCAGGAACUUCAAGGCCAUGUAUAACUGGAUCAAGUCCUAUGAUGAUAGCCGGCCUAUUCACUACGAAGCCGACAUCUAUGCCGAAACAAUGGACAUGUACUCACGCAUGUACCCGGCGAUUGAGGAGAUUGUUGCAUUUGCUGAGGACGAGAGCAAGUCCAAACCCUUGGUGCUCUGCGAGUUCAUCCACGCAAUGGGCAACGGGCCAGGAAACAUCAAGGAAUAUGUCGAUGUCUUUUACAAAUACCCAAAGCUACAGGGUGGCUUCGUGUGGGAGUGGGCCAACCAUGGACUAUUGACCAAGGACAAGGAGACUGGCGAUGAGUAUUACGCUUACGGCGGAGACUUUGGCGAUGAACCCAAUGACGGAAAUUUUGUCAUGGACGGCGUCUUGUUCUCGGACCAUACACCAACACCCGGUUUGCUCGAGUACAAGAAGGCCAUUGAGCCAAUCAAGGUUAUCUCCUAUACCACAACCACGGCAACCAUCAUCAACAGAUAUGACUUUUUGUCAUUGGACCACGUCGUAUGCACUUAUGCAAUUCUCGACGAUGGUAAGCUCAUACAAUCGGGAGAAAUUGAGCUGCCUUCUGGUCUUGCCCCCGAGGAGACGGCUGAACUGACGCUGCCCUCGGCAGCGCAUACAAUCUCUGGAGAGGGAAUUGUGCAGCUCGACUUCCGCCAGCGUACCGAGACACUUUCAUUGCCAGAGUUGUUCACAAUUGCAACGGAAGAUAUACCCAUCAACAAUACCCCCAUCCCAGCAGCUAUUCAGUCAUCGCCAUCUGCCAAGUUGGAGGUGACUGAGACCCCAAGCCUUUUGACCAUCAAAUCUGCGAGCACUACCUGGACAUUCUCGCCCAUUGACGGCAAGCUACGCUCUCUUGCCAAGAAAUCUACGGAAUUUCUGGCUGUCAGUCCCGAUAUUACCUUUUGGAGGGCUCCGACCGACAACGACCUGGGUCUCGGAAUUUCUGAUGGCAAGGACUGGAAACAGCAACUGCUGCAUCUGGCCAAGACGUACAGCCGCGGCAGUUCCUGGUCGGCCUCGGAAGACGGAAAGACGUUUACAGUCAAGGUGCAGCAGCAGUUCCGCCCGCUAGUCCUGUCGUGGUCCAUCGACUUGGACGUCACGUACACCUUUAGCGCCUCGGGGACACUGGCUAUUCGUGUCAAGGGUAACCCCAAGGGCAUGAACCUGCCGCGGACGCUCCCGCGCAUGGGUCUCAGCAUGGAGUUGCCGAGCGAUUGGUCCGGCGGCCAAGACGGCCACCCGGACGCCGUGACAUGGUACGGUCGCGGUCCUGGGGAGAGCUACAGCGACAAGAAGCUCUCCCAGCGACUGGGCGUGUACGGCGUCCCUACGGUCUCAAAGCUUUGGACCGAGUACGAGUACCCGCAGGAGGGCGGCAACCGGACCGACACGCGCUGGGUCAAGUUUACGCACGCGAGCGGCGAGGCCAUUACGGCGCAAUUCGUGGAUCUCGAGGAAAGAGACAGUGGCGAGGAGGACAAGAAGUAUCGCAAGCUGUUUGAUUUCAACGCAUCACAUUACCGUGUCAAGGACGUUGAGGCGGCGGCGCACCCGCACGAGCUGCACAAGAAGAGAACGGAUAAUGUGGUACUGAGGCUUGAUGCUGCGCAUCAUGGUCUAGGUAGCGGCUCUUGUGGACCAAAGACCAGGGAUGAGUAUGCGCUUCCGAACAAGGAGUUUGAGUUUGAAGUCUUGCUUGAAUAA